CGAGGUGGUUACUAUGGCAACGAAACUGAACACAGACGCUUGGUGAGGUAUGUUGACAUUGACAGCGGUGCUGCUCGCCUCGUCACUGUUUUUACUGUUUUUAUUAACCUUUCCUGAUAUGAGUCAGCACUGUGAACUCUGUAUACAGUCAUCUUGAGCAUCUUGACUGGAGUGGGUGGAUUCAAAGGUCAGGACCCAGGCAUUAAAAAAAUCUCCAGACAAACAUGGAGGAGUACGAGAAGGUGUUGUGUUUGGGCAGGGGAGGAUCGGCGGAAGUGUUCCUGAUGAGGCACGUGGAGCAGAAGAGCCUGCACGCGGUGAAGAGGAUAAAAGUAGAGGAUACAAGGAGAGCAAAAACACAAAGGGCAAUUCUCCAAGAGGCUGAGAUCAUUAGGAGGCUGGAGCACCCUCACAUAGUUAAAUGCUGCGAUGCCUUUGUGAACUCUGAUGGAUUCAUUUACAUUGUGAUGAACUACUGCGAUGGUGGGACAUUAGAUGACAAAGUGAAAGAGAGGAAACCAGAGGAGUUUUUCACAGAGGAUACAGUGCUGGGGUGGUUUGCACAGGUCACUAUGGCUUUACAUUAUAUACACACAGCCAAGGUACUACACAGGGACAUCAAAACAUCCAAUGUACUGCUGACAAAGCAAGGCAUGGUGAAGUUAGGUGACUUUGGGAUAUCCAGAGUGAUGACCAACACAGCUGACAUGGCCUCCACAUGUGUUGGGACACCCAGCUACCUCAGUCCAGAGCUGUGCCAGGACGUCCCAUACAGCUCCAAGUCUGAUAUCUGGGCUCUUGGCUGUCUGCUGUAUGAGGUAUGUGCCCUCAGACCUCCGUUUGCAGCCACAAACCUCCUGAGUCUGUUCUACAAGAUCACCAAAGGAGAGUAUGAUCCCGUGCCCAACAUCUACUCUGACAACAUCUCCUCUUUGAUCCAGAGCAUGCUCUGCCUCAACCCAGAAAACAGGCCAACAGCUGCCUGCGUACUCAACAGUGCUAAUGUGCAACAUCACCUGGAGUCUAUCAAGCACACAGAGACCGGCUGGGUUAAUGUGUCUGUAUCUGAAGGGAAGAGCUGUGACAAUAAUGUAGAAGGGCAAAACACAGACACCACACUACAGCCAGAUGUUCUCAGUCAGUCCCACCUCUGGGAGGAAAAAGAGCACAACACAGAGGCCAGUUCCAGUGAUUUGGAGGACGAACAUCAUGUGAGUGAUAGAGGACAAAGCCACUGUGACUGCCUCUAUCCUGAGGACUUUGAUGAAGAUGAAAGUUUGUCCUCUCUUGAGGAGUGCAGUGAACACUUGGCGUCGCCCACAAGGAGUGAUUCUGCUGAAGCUAUUUGUAAUGCAGAAGUAUUUCUGGAGGCUCCUGAUGUCUCAGACCAAGAGUAUCCAGAUGACUUUGAGGAAGUUGAGGUGGAAGAAGAAUAUGAGGAUGAAGUGGCCUCGGUCCACACUGCUGCUCUUCGGCAGCCCCAUUACGAUGCGGUGGAAGAGGAGUUUCAGCUCUGUGAUGCUGGAGGAUUGACCAUCACACUGAAAGCACUGAAGGAAAAGGGUUAAAAAAAUGAUCAUAAACUCUUAUAGUUUCAUAGACCACAAUGUGAAAUAAAGGGACCUUAACAGCUGGAACAAUGACUUAUCUGACAAAGGCCUUAUUUAUUAAGUGUUUUCUGCACCAGGACACCAGGCCUUCAGUGUCUGAGGAACAUUAUAGGGCUGAAAUAAGACGUUUACUGCUAGAUGAAGUUGAAAACACUUGGUGGGGCUAGAGAGAAUGAAUGAAGUCCUGUUCAGUGUGUGCUGUUACAAAUGGCUGUUAAGUGACGUGAAUGUCCCUGAGUGCAGUUUCUGAUUAGCGUCAUGCUGGUAAAGAUGAAUACAUGAGUAAGCGGAUUAUUUUAUAAAAUAGGAAUAGGAAAUUUGGUAUUCAAGCACUUACAGUAUCUGAAAUCAUUUUAUUUUUAUUCUUCAGUAAAAAAGCAAUUAACUUGUAAACUACAUAUAUAUAUAUCACAGUAUGACUAAAAAAUAUAAAAGCACCAGCAGGAGGUUCAAAUCUUUAAUUUUGAUUCAUAACUUUCUUCAUACCUAUUACAUAUCCUAAUGCUUCACACUGUAUUUUAUUCUCUCAGCUUUCUCUUUCAGUGUUCUUUGUUAUGUCAUCACAUAACAUUUGAAAUAAAACAGCCUUUCAGUGCUUAUCUUUGCCUCAAAAUGAGAUAAAAGCACAGUUUUGCAUGCAGCUAGGCCUUCAAAGGAAGUAUGUGGUGUAUGCAGCUUGCCGCAAAGAUGUUAUGAUAACAUCUUAAAUACAUCUAAAAUUAAAAAAAGGAACCAAGAAGAAGAAGCAUAUGUAUGAAGAGAAAUACAUAGAGAAGCUGUAUGUGCGCCUUCCUAUAGAAAACACAGGUUGGCGGCAGUGCAGUCUGCCAUCUACAGACCCAGAUUUAGCUUUGUGAUUGUACUCAUCCACAGCAAGAAUCAAUCAUACCUAAUAUGAAAACACCCUUAUUCUGUCGUAGCAUUCUCGGUUCUGAAGCAGAGAAUGCACACAUAUACAGGACAUUCCCCUGGGUGCUUUCCCAGUUCAUUGUCUGUGGAGCAGCACCAGACUUUAUCUUUGAUGACAUCACAAAUUUGAGAAUUAGCGCUCUAGUUUUCGAUUCGGGGAGAGUUGUUAAUGUUUACCAGGAAUGAGCGAGUACAUCAUUAUUUGUUUCUGUAUAUGUGUCUGUUUGAUCAACUAAAUUAUCUGUAUCCGUAUCUCUACUCGCAAUGGACGGGGGUUCAAACUCAAAGUGGGUGGGACUUAAACCAGAAAAAGUAGGAACUAACCAGAAGUUAUUUUAAGCCUGCAAUUGACCCUUUGCUAAGUCCCCCCCCGGACAUAGACUGGCCAAUCAUAAUGUAGCAUCGAGUCGGCUCAGACCAGGGUCCAACAACAUCACAACUGUGCUCCAUUGACCCUAGUGCAAUCAGUUCAGAUUUUGUCAGGCUGGUUUUGUGGAUUUGGAGCUAAAUGUUGUGCCUGGGGCACAUUGUGUAUUAAUGAUACUCGUUACCUGGAGAGGUUGGAGGUAUCUUCCCUGUUCCAAAACCAAAAUCAAACCCUGAAAAGUGUAGGGUUAGCUAGCUAGCUACUGAAGAUAUAGCCUACUGAAUGUAUACACAUGUUGCUGUUGCUUUUUAAUGAUUAUAAUACUGAAAAAAAGACCGACCCUGCUGUACAGGAACCAGUGAAGGGAGGCAGGGAAACUUUGCUGAUAUUCAACCAGCUGUGUGGCAUCGCAUUGUGUGCAUAAGAACAGUGACUUCCACUGGAGCUCCUGGCGGUGGCACCGGGGCGAAGCCAACCACCGUUCAUCUGCACACACUGCGAUGCCACACAGCUGGUUCAAAAUCAGCAAAGUUUCCCUUUAUAUUCAUUGUCUGUGGUGGUUCACUUUUACACUGUGAUCUGUAGCCUAUAGUUCGGCUUUACCUUCUAACUAUCUUUGUCUUUUUAACCUGUUGUUGCUGCUGAGUCAGUUUGACGUCCUGGAUAUAUCCUUCAAACACAGACUGUAGACCCCUCUGUCUGCUUCUCUCUGGAAUCACUAUUUCAUUUUUCCAAAACUACGAUAAUAUUUCUUCAAGGAGUGCAGUUAGUUACAGUGUGGGCUCCAUGCUUACUCCGACAACUUGUCGGACCAUUAAGGGCAAUUGAUAUGGGUUGAUCAGAGGUUGCUAUACUUAGUAUUCAUUAGAAAACAAUUUACAGAACGGCCUCAGAAUUGAGCUUUGAGGAUUCACAAAAUCUUCCCAUUCAUGAAUCAGUGACCGCUUGUGCUCAAUAUAGAAGCAUUGGCAUUUGUUUUGUUUUUUUCUCUAUUCAUUUGUUCAGGUCUAAUUUUCAACUUUAUAUUUUUAAUGGAGCCACUUGUUGACUCAAAGAAAGACUUCGAAAGUGUAGUAAGUUAUAGAGAUCUCACUAACUAACUAAUUUUGUGUCUUGUAUCUUCUGUGUAUUGUAAGUCCCUUUUCUACUCGCAUUAGUGAUUAGAUAAUAAAAAUUCAGCAGAGGAAACACAACGCGGCUUGCGGCCUUCCUUUGUCAUCAUUGUACGUUAUCUCUACACACUGAUUUGCCUUUCCCUUCAUCCGUUGAAGUUCUUAUCCUUAAAAUGACCUUGUAGUUACAUUAUC